AUGGAUCAAACCCAAACCCUACCAGAAAACCCACCACCACCACCACCGGUGGACAACAUCCACCACUCACCUGUAGACAACUCCCGCCCUUUCCGCUCAGUAAAGGAAGCUGUAGCUGUCUUUGGAGAACGGUUUCUAGCAACAGAAGUACUCUACUCAUCACCAUCAUCAAAACCUUUCACCUUACCCAAACAAGAAACUCCAAUUUGGAAAUCUACACCAAAUUCUGAUCAAACCUUAUGGAAAUCACCAGAAAAUGAAGAAAACCCAUCUCCCACACUCAUGACCACGCUCAAGAAACUGGAGUCAGAGCUUGAAGAAACCAAGAGAGAGUUGAACAUAUUGAAGGAGAGAGAAUCUGAGACGGAGGUGGCUUUGGCUUCUUUGAAUGCUGAGCUCCAUAAGAACAUGUCCAAGAUAGCAAAAGCUGAGGCGGAGGUGGCCGGAAAAGCGGUGGCGGCAAUGCGAACUUCCACCACUUUAGGCCAAGUGCUUAAUAGUGGUGGUGAGAGAGAGAAGGGUGGAGAGAGAAAGUACGUGAAGGAGAGAAAAGUGAUGAAGAAAAAGAAGCCUGUGGUUCCAUUGGUGACUGAUUUGUUUACAAGGAAGAACAAUGGGAAGGGUAAGAAUUCGUUUCGGAGUCCAUUCUAUUCAUCGUCCCCGAUGUAUAAUUGGAAUUAA